CCAAGCAUCCAUCAAUCAUCAAAAUCAUUAUCUCCUCUUAACAAAUAAUGUCAACAUACCUCAUAACCGGCGCCUCCCGCGGCCUGGGCCUCGCCCUGGUGCGCCAUCUCGCCAACCUCCCCAGUUUCUCCGUAGGAACCAUCUUCGCAACAUCCCGCUCAGAACACCCAAGCCUACAAGAACUCAGCCAACAAUCAGACCGGAUCAACUGGGUUAAAUGCGAUGUUACCGACGCAGAAAGCGUGCAUGAUGCAGCCAGCGUAGUGCAAGGUAAACUACAGGGGAAAGGACUAGAUGUGCUCAUCAAUAAUGCGGGCGUGAUGCCGCAUACAAAGGGUGGAAUCGCGAAUAUGGAUGGCCUGACUGAAACGUUCCAUACGAACGUCACCGGUACUCAUAAUGUCACCCGGGCAUUUCUCCCUCUUCUCCGCGAGGGGCGGAGGAAACUUGUGGUCAAUAUAUCGACAACUCUCGGCUCAAUCACCCUGGCGCCAGUUUACAAAGGCUCGCCAACACCAGCGUACAAAAUCACCAAAGCAGCAUUGAACAUGUUGACGGUGCAGUACGCACAGGAUUACGCUAGCGAGGGAUUCACCUUUCUCGCUGUGAGUCCUGGUUGGCUCCAAACAGACAUGGGCGGGUCGAGAGCCGAUCUCCCCCCUGCGACCGGGGCAAAGGCUGUCCUCGAUAUCGUGCAGAAGGCAACGCCGUCUCAGAAUGGAAAAGCUUUGAAUAUUCAUGUGCCGGGGUGGGAGGAGAAUGAGGGAUUGAAUCAGUAUGAUGGUAAAGAGCUGCCGUGGUAACGGCAGAAGAUGCGAUGUGUGGUAGGUUUAGUUGAUAGGACUCUUGUUAUCAAGCCACGUUCCUGCAUGAGACCUAGCCUACAGACUAGGCUUUUCAUGCGGAUGCGGGCAGGAGGAAUGUUAUUCUGGAGUAUGAGAUGGUUUUCCUAGGCCAGAUAUGGAUUCACCAGCAACUAUUGAGGUGGAGGCUUGUUUGAUACGGC